CCUCCCCGGCGGCGCGGAGUUCCUCCCUUUUCGCCUCCCGCCACCUUCGUUAUCUCCUCGCCCCCGCUCCCGCCGGGGGCGCGGUGCCCCUCCCGUCUCCGCCCCGCGGGGAGCCGCCCCAGCCUGGCUGCCCAGCGGGCAUCCGGCCUCCGCGGAGGCGGUGGGCGAAGGAGUAAAAGCGGGCCCCGAGAGUGACCGGGGGUUGGAGCCGGAGCCGCGGCCGCUGGGGGAAGAUAAACAGAAGAUGAUAGGGAGCAAUGAAUCCUCUACUGAAGGACCAGUGCCUACAUCCUACUUAACCUUCCUGGCUUAUUUACUGGGAGAAUGGACUGGUAUAGAACACACUGAAACUUAUCUGAGUUAUGGAGUCUACCUUUCAUGGGUGCUUUUUCCACUUGCAAUAGCUUUUAUACUUCCAAUAGCUAUCUUCUUCUUCUGCCUCAACACUUCCCUUCUCCUUCUUCAUAUUCAUAAAAGGAGGAAGAAUGGAUUUAAUGAAGGACAUUCUGGUGAUGUUUGGUAUGGUGCAAAAGAAAUGUUGGCUAACCUGUGGGAUGGACAUGGGAGAAUAUGGCAUGGUUAUGAACUUCAUGGGGAUGAAAAUAUUCCAGAAGGACCAGCACUUAUUGUGUUUUAUCAUGGAGCUAGUCCUGUUGACUAUCUCUAUUUCAUGGCUAGACUUCUUAUACGAAGGAAGCGAUAUUGCCACGUAGUAGCGGAUCAUUUCGUCUUUAGAUUACCAGGUUUUAAAACGUUUAUUGAAGUACUUGGCAUUAUGCAUGGACCAAAAGAAGUAUGUGUCAGUGCUCUGAAGAAAGGCUAUCUGUUAGCUAUUUCUCCAGGUGGACUUCGGGAAGCACUCUUUAGUGAUGAAACAUAUCCUAUUAUGUGGGGUAAUCGAAAGGGCUUUGCCCAGGUGGCCAUUGAUGCAAAAGUGCCCAUCAUUCCUAUGUUUACACAAAAUGUUCGAGAAGGCAUUAGGACAUUAGGAGGAAUAAAAAUACUUAGGAAGCUGUAUGAACGUAUUAGAUUGCCAGUAGUUCCUAUGUAUGGCUGGUUUCCAGUCAAGCUUCGAACGUUUAUUGGAGAACCCAUUCCAUAUGAUCCAAAUAUAACUGCUGAGGAACUGACUGCAAAGACAAAAGCAGCACUCCAGGCUCUAAUAGCCAAACAUCAGAAAAUACCAGGAAAUAUACUGAGGGCUUUAAUGGAACGAUUUCAAACACGACAGAAAGAAGACUAAGGUCUUCUGAAUAUGAUGACAAGUGACCAUAUCAAAGUCCGAGAAUUUGCAUGUCAGCACAAAGGAUGAAGCUGGAGGCAAACGGUGACACAGGAUACCUAGCAGAGCACUCUGACCAGCCAGAGGAACUGAUCUGUGGGCAAGUUUCCUGCUGCUAUCAGGACGUUGGUAGGACACUCCUGAGGAUGCGAGACCUCUGGCCAAAUGCCACAUAGGCACAAGGUAACCUCGUAGCUUCUUUCCCACUCUGCGCUGGCAUGGAGGGCUGGAAUCAAAAUCGCUGUGAGAAGGUGACAGCGUUUGAAAUGAAGACUCAGAUGUAACAGAUGGCAAACACAGCUCCAAGCAAAAGUAGAUUCCCAAAGGAAAGCACAAAAACAAAUACAAAACAGGCCUUUAAAGUAAAUGAACAAACAAACAAACAAAAAGAGAAAGCCUUAAGGGGAAAUUCUUGGAAAAGUUACAAAAUCAUCUGAGAGAAAAGAAAGAUGGGGAGGAACAAAUGUGCAAUAAGGAAAGUGUGCUUUGCAUAAUGCUGCCCACUCCAUCUGAAGGAGCCUCCAGAUGUUCCGUGUUACUCUCAUGUGGCUGUGAGUUGUGAAAUAGCUGGUGUGCUGCAAAGUGAGAAAAUCAACGCUGUGUUCUAGGCAGCUUCUGAUAUCAAGGGAACAGCAGAACUACUUAUUUGGUAGAAUUUGCUUCAGAGCGUGUUUCAGAAUUAGCUCAUCACUCACAACAACACCUUUUACAAGUCGAUGUGAGUUGUCUCCUUGGGAAAAAGCAGCUGGCAGAUGAGGCAGUCAAAACCUAUUUUUCCAAAAGCAGCCUCUGAUCUGAACAUAGAGACACUGUGAGUAUUCAGUCUGAAAAACAAGGGCUGCAUUUUUCAAAACUGCUGAGCUUUGCUGGGUCCUAUCUGAGAGUGCUGGAACUGCAAGCCCUGACCACCCUCCAGAAUGAUGCCAGAGCAAGCUCCAGCUGAACCACUCAUUCCCCACAGACAUCAUUGCCAGUGACUUUUUGUUGCUGACUGCAGGUGGAAACAAGCAUCCCUGCUGUGCAUGUUGUAAGCCCAGAGCCUCAAUGACAAUCUAAAUCAGAAAUAGAUGGAGAUGACCAACAGGAAAGGCAGAUGCUUCUGGCACCAGGCCUAUGCUCAGACAACUUUCACCUUAAUUUUAUUGAGACUUUUUUUUUUUUUUUUUUUUUGCAGCAGUGGGAUUGAUCAAGUUCCAAAUCUGUACUAACUAUAGAGAUACCAAAAAUUUAAAAUCAGUAUAAGGUUAACUUGCUUAACACUUUGAGAUUGCUUGGAGAAGAAUCACAGGAGUCCACAUAUCAGUAAUAAUCUACUUGCUCAGUUUCCUUAUUUGUAUAAUAGAGUACAUAAGCUUAUCGUUCCAUGUUUUGAGACUUUAUUCUUGAAUUGCUGUCUCUCUCUGAGCUGAUCUGCUUGGUUAACAAUGCACAUAUGGCAGUAACACAAUGGUUGGUAACACUUACUGUGCUUAUUGGUGUGCUCAGGGCAGUACAGCUAAUGCUCACAGCACUUAAUUAGAACCUGACUGAAAAGAAAUGGCUUGAUUGCUGGAAGACCCAGUAGGAAUAAGUCUUCAGCUUUGUAUAUAGCUUUCUAUGAAUGAGAAAUCUUUCCAAGUGGGAAAAACUGAGUGCUUAAGAAUGAAUACAAUAUGCAUGAGCUGGUGUGCCUGACCACGGGUCCAAAGUGCUGCCACAGCAAACAAACCGUACAGUAUAGCACUUUCCUACUUUCCUGUCUCAUUUCUAUAGCACAGAAUUUAGUGAAGAGAUGUGUUUUAUAACUGCAGUACACAGGAAAAGAACUGUCCAUCUCUGGUCGGCCUAUCCAAGAUUCCCAUUGCGGUGGUAAGAAGAUACAGCUCCCCUUCCGUACAAACGGGUCUCUGUGUACUUUAUGAGCUAAGUUAACUGAGUGAAUGUAGUGUUAACUACAUAUGAAAUAAGUAGGAGAAAAAACAUACUUGGAUAAUUUUGCCAAGGCACUUGGGGCUUUUAUUACCAAGUCUCUAUAUUUAGUUCAUCAGCAAGUUUUUUUACAGGAACCAUAGCCAUUUCUCUCUCUCUCUCUCUCUGUUUUUUUUUUUUUUUAAAGUAAGGAGAGGUGAGAACUGCUCUGAAUAAGCACUGUUCAAGCAGCCUAUAAAAAUUUAUCCACUUCUUUUCUUUGUUAAGAAUCUAUUUAAACUGUCUGUUAUCAUUGUUUAGCUUAAAAAGAAACUGCUUUGCUUCUUACAUGUCACAAGCUUACAUUAAAAGCAUCCUGGAG